ACAAAUGACAUCUCCAACGGAUGAGCAUGUUGAGCAGUACGCAGAAACACAUGUGAGCUUAUAGAAAUUGAUAAAAGCUUUGAUAUUCUCUACUGUGCUGUGUGAUGAGAAGAUAUUGGCGGUGAGACACGUGUAAGAACGUGUUGGAAAAUUUUAACAGCAGUUUCAACAAUCGGAGACGUCUUAUUUACAUAAAGGUAUUUAGUGGACAUAGUAGAAAUGGACAUAGUGGAAUUACCAAACGACGAUAUAAGCAACAAUAUAAGCGAUAAAGGUGAUAACACGAGCGAUAAUAUAAGCGAUAACAAAAGCGAUGACAAAAGCGAUAACAAAAGUGAGGAUAAAAACGAGUGUGACGAAAGGGAAGCUGUCCGUAGGCAAUUUUACAAAAACCGCAUAAAAAAGGAUAAUAUUAAGUUAGAAAUUGAUGACAGUACACCUCAAGAAGAAAGACGCAAACGAUUAUUAGAACAUCAGAAGAAACAUAGAGAUGAAGCAGUUAACGCUGCACGUGGUAUAGUGCAAGAGUAUUCUAAAUCAAAAAACGAGUCUGUGGGAGCGGGAAACCAUUCGUGGUAUUAUAGGGUUCUUCCAAAAGAGUCCACAAUUAAUCGAAUGAUGCUGUCAGAAUGGAUGCUAGAUGUGCCGCAAGAUUUAACUGAAAACUGGGUUAUGAUUCCAUGUCCAACAGGAAAUCGUGUUAGGCUGAUCUCAGGCUGGGGUGAAACAAGAGCGUAUUCUAGAAAAGGCAGGCUUCAUGGUGUCUUUCCUUCAGCACUUCCAGGUGGAUAUCCUGACAGUGACCCACAUCAAUGUGCUGCUGUAGAUUGUAUAUGGAUAAAGAGUCGAAAAAUCUUUUAUAUAUUAGACGCGGUGUUUUGGAGUUUAUUGCCAUUCACGAAUUGCGAGGCUGAGUUCAGGCUAUUCUGGAUCAAGAAUAAGUUUCAGGAAACACCAGAAUUCAAAGAACGUAACACUGAUACAAAUAAAUAUCCCAUUUUAACUCUGCAAAAUAUCGAUUUCAACUCAGACUACAAUUCAGCUUUGAUGAGUCUUGAUGAUGACCUAAAGCCUUUGGAUGGGUUUCUAUUUUAUCAUCGCAGAGCACUAUAUAUGUUUGGAGUUACCCCACUUGUGACGUGGUUAAAACCUUUUAUGUUACCUGAAGUACUUGGAAUAUCUGUACCCUCACCACUUGACCAGAAACCAGACGAUUACAUAAAUUUUGAACAUUACAUGCAAAAAGUAAAGGCCAAGAGUAAUCAGGAUACGACAAAGGACAACGUUGUUACCGAUGCAAUGGAAAUAGAAGGUGUUGAAGGUGUAAUGGAAAUAGAAGGUGUUGAAGGUGUAAAUUAAAGACUCGUUUGUUACAAUGACAAAUUCAAAGGAACAAUUCAUAUAAUAAUGUAGAACUGAAGUAUAUACAUGUAUUUUUUUUAUAUUGACAAAGAUACAGUAUAUGUACGCAAGUGUGAGAUUUUUUUUACAAAAAUAUAUAUAAAUGAUUUUUUUUUUAUACUGACACGCAAUGUAAAUGGUUAUUGCAACGAUCGUACUGUUACUGUACCUAAAUCAUGUUAUUCGUAUCACAAGACGUUAAGAAAAGAUUAUAUAUCAAUAUGCACCGUAUGAAAUAUAUCAAGAGCUUUAUCAUUGAAGUACAAUAAUAUAUUAUUCAUAAUUUCCAUGUUCAUUACUUUCAUCUAAAAAUAAAAAAAAAGACGUUACGGACUGUACAAACAUGUAUAAACUAUAAGAUUUUAAGACAAUUUCGAUGUGAAAUGAGAAAAAAAAUAAAGAUAAGAUAAAAACUCACUC